AAAAGCGUUGUCAAAAAUCGUUGGCAAAAAAGCAAAGUAGCUGUGCGGAACGUUCUAGGACUUGAUGGUGAACAGCGUUUAGCGGCAGAUCGGCCUAUUCAAAACAGCCAGUGAUAACGUGCAAAUUCCGCAACGAUCCCAUCACCAAAUCAGCAUGGAGGACGGCAAAGAAGAGCACCAAUUCGUCGUGGACGAUGUGAGCAAAAUCAUCAAGGAAGCUAUAGAGACGACGAUCGGAGGUAAUGCUUACCAGCAUGACAAAGUAAACAACUGGACCGGAUCGGUGGUGGAAAGCUGCCUCAGCGUGCUAACUAAGCUACAAAAGCCGUACAAAUAUAUCGUAACGUGCAUGAUAAUGCAGAAAAAUGGAGCUGGAUUGCAUACGGCCAGCUCGUGCUACUGGAAUAAUGAAACCGACGGUUCUUGCACAGUGCGCUGGGAGAACAAGACCAUGUACUGCAUCGUGUCGGUGUUUGGACUUUCCAUCUAAAGAAAUCUUUCGACCAGGGUCAUGCACAGGCACGUAUUGGCGAGUGAACGAGCAAUGAUGUCUACUAAUUUCCAUAAAAAAUACCGUCAAUUUGGUUGAUCUAUAGCUGUA